AUGGACCCUGAAUCCUUAUUGUUUUUACAUAUUCCUUUGAAUACGUUUAUAGAAUUUGGGAUUGUCCCAUACACAGUACAACAUGACGAUAGUAUCAAAAUAAAUUUUAAUAAAUAUUUGGAACACACUAAUAAACUUAAUAGAAUAAUCAAAUCAAUCACAAUAAAAGAUAAAGAAAAAAUGCCGCUGCAAAGAAACAAUCAAACAAUUCAUAAGAAAGUUGACACCUGGAUUAUCAAUAAUGUAGAUAAGUACAACUUUAUUGAUGAUUCAAAAGAGGAUGAUGUUUUGGUUCAUGAGAUUCAUUCUGGAUUCGAUGGUAAAGAUAAGGGGAUUGUCAAGUUAAUAUUUUGCCAUCAUAUCAACGAUUCAAUGAGAGCCUAUGCUCUCUUUGAACCCGUUAAUGAAGAUGAUAUUAAGCAUCACGUAGUUGUCACUAUGUACGUUCUUACUGCUGAAAAUCAUUAUCAGCCAAUCGGACGAGAAAUUCUUCGAACUGACACAAGGAUGGAUAGACUUUGCGGCCACAAUAUGGUUUUGAUGGACGAAGAGGAAAUAGAAGGCCGGACAGUAGGAUUUACAAGGGCAAGGUUAGAAGAAUUUUAUGGGAAGAAGUUGGAAGGGCCAUUUCCAAUCUAUAAACAACCCGAAAGAAUAAUUAAUAACACAAUUACACUGCGAAUUGAACUUUUAACAUAUUUGGAUUCUGAGCCCAUGUUUCCAUUGCAUAAACUAUUUAGAUUCAUGGCAGAUGUUCAGCAACCAGACUGGAUCUUACGAUUAUAUGAAAAUAAAAAUUUUAGCGGCGAUUUAACAAUUAAGAUACAAGAUAAUAUAUUUCGAGCCCACAAACAAGUGUUAGAUCAACGAGGAUUUUCAUUGAACGAUGCAACUACCGAGGAAAAUAAUAUUUUUAUUUUUUCGGGCAUAAGUCCCGAGAUAUUUGGUAUGCUAUUGGAGUAUGUUUACACCGGCGCUAUCGAGAAAUUGAAAGACUUUGCUGAACCUUUAUUAGAAGCUGCAGACCGAUUUGAACUGAACGAUCUCAAUGGGUUAUUGAGUUAUGCUCAAGUUAUGGGAUAUGUGCUUUCUCAUGGAGACUCUGAAAGAUGGUGUAGAAAUAAUAGGCCAACUGCUGAGCAAUUUUAA